CCUCUCUCUCUCUUACUUCAUAGUGUUCAUAAUCUCUCUCUCUCUCUCUCUCUCUCUAGAAAAAAAUUGCACAGAAAGAGAAGAAAAUUUCAGGAAUCUAACGUCACAUUUCAUCAGAUAUACACAAUAUAAUACAUCAGAUGCCCCCGCCUCCCCAAGUUCUCAACCCACACGUACAUGGUACAUAUGCACCUUCAUACGCACUCGGCCUGUCAUUGCCCCAACGCUCUCCGUCCCUGCUUUGAUUUCUCUCUAUUUUUGCCCUAUUCGAUAGGGUUUUCUUGUGAUUACCUCUCCCCCUUCUAUCAUCUGAUGCAUUCUGUUCUUGAACCUCUAUUGAUCAUACUCCUCUUCUUGCCCGUUCUUUCAAUUUUUGCUCUUUGUGGAGGGUUUUUUAGGCUCACAACUUUCGGAUUUAACCCGCCCCGGAUCUUCCAACAACACCCAUGUCUAAAAUCUUUGAAUUCAGUGGUCACAAUGAGUUUUUCACAGGGGUGCCUAUGUACCCCAGUUCCAAGGACUCAGGUCCCUUUUUGGCCCUUCAUCCUCAUGCGAAUGCGUAUUUUCCUCCUUGCAAGAGGGCUCGAGUCAGUACCCCUGUUGUUGCAUGUGAAGGACUUGAGCUGAAGAAGAAGACUACAAUUGAAGUCCUUCCAGAUGAAUGCCUCUUUGAGGUAUUCAGACGUAUUCAUGAUGGCAAAGAAAGAAGUGCCUGUGCUUGCACGUCCAAGCGUUGGCUCAUGCUUUUAAGCACUCUCCGCAGGGAUGAGAUCUUUAGCAUCAAAAGCAUUCAGCCUUCGGAGCCCAAGGAAAUGUCUGAUUCCAGUAUGAAAGUUGACAUCAAGUCGGAUAAGAAUGGGCUUGUUCAAUCUACUGUUGCUGAAAGCAAGGCUGCAUAUCAAGAUGCCAAAGUUGAAGGUUAUCUUUCCAGGUGCCUUGAUGGAAAGAAAGCUACAGAUGUCAGACUUGCUGCUAUUGCUGUUGGAACUGGAAACCAUGGAGGACUGGGAAAACUUUCUAUUAGAGGAAACAACUCCAUUCGUGGUGUUACCGACUCUGGCUUAAAAGCUAUUGCUCGAGGUUGUCCUUCUCUAAAGGCCCUUUCUCUGUGGAACAUAUCUUCUAUUACAGAUGAAGGUUUAUGUGAGAUUGCAAAUGAGUGUCAUCUGUUAGAGAAGCUUGAUCUUUGCCAUUGUCCAUCAAUAACCGAUAAGUCCUUGAUGGCAAUUGCCAAGAGUUGUCCCAAUUUGACCUCUCUAACUAUCGAAUCUUGCUCAAAAAUUGGGAAUGAAAGCCUGAAAGCUGUUGGUGCAUGCUGUCCUAACUUGAAAUUUGUUGCAUUGAAGAACUGCCCUCUUGUCGGGGAUCAAGGAAUUGGGAGUCUUUUCUCGACAGCUGGUGAGGUUCUCACGAAGGUUAAGCUCCAGACAUUGAACCUAAGCGAUAUGUCUCUUGCUGUUAUUGGACACUAUGGUGUUGCAUUGACUGACCUAGCUCUCACAGGUCUCAAGAAUAUAACUGAGAGAGGUUUCUGGGUCAUGGGUAAUGGUAAGGGUAAGGGUCUACAGAAGUUGAGGUGCCUUUCAAUAAUAGAUUGCUCUGGUGUUUCUGACUUGGGGAUUGAAGCUAUGGGUAAAGGUUGCCCAAAUCUGAAGCAGUUUAGCCUCCGAAGUUGCACUUUUCCAUCAGACAAUGGAUUGGUUGCUUUUGCUAAAGCUGCAGGGUCACUUGAAAGCCUUCAGUUGGAGAACUGCCACAGGAUCACCCAGGCAGGGUUAUUUGGUAUUCUAGUGCAUUGUGGUGGGAAGUUGAAGACUCUUGCUUUAGAAAACUGCAUGGGAAUCAAGGACUUAGCGUUUGAAUGCCCCCUGUUGUCUCCUUGUAAUUCUCUGAGAUCUUUGUGGAUUCGCAACUGCCCUGGAUUUGGUGAUGCUAGCUUGGGUAUUCUGAGUAAACUUUGCCCCAAACUGGUGCAUGUGGACUUUACUGGGCUUCAUUGUAUAACAGACGAUGGGCUUCUCAAUCUUGUUCAGAGUUGCGAGGAAGGUUUAGUCAAAGUGAACCUAAAUGGAUGUGUUAACUUAGGAGAUAUUGCAGUUUCAGCCAUAGCAAAGCAACAUGGCGAGACCCUUGAGAAACUCAACCUCGAUGGUUGUGGCUAUGUUACCGAUGUGAGUUUAGAGGCAAUUGCUGACCAUUGCUCCGUGCUGUGUGAGCUCGAUGUUUCCAAGUCCAGAAUCACCAAUUCUGGCAUUGUGGCACUGGCGAAUGCAGUUCAACUUUCUUUGCAAAUCCUUUCUCUGUCGGGAUGUGCAAUGGUGUCAAACAAGACCUUGCCUCUCUUGCUUAAGCUGGGCACUAGCCUUGUCGGUUUGAACAUUCAGAAUUGCCCCGGAAUCAGUUCUAGUGGUGUCGAUUCGCUUGUAGAGAAGCUUUGGAGGUGCGAUGUUCUUUCUUGAGGAUAGCUAGCUUUCAAAAAACCAACCCCAUCAGUAAAGUUAAUCUAUAUCCGUAGCAGUACAGUAGGUUUCAUCUCCAUAGCGGGUCUUCCUGGUCCAACACUUUGGACCCCUUUUCCAGUGAGAAUGGCCGGUUCGCUUCCUUUUCCAGCUUCUGAAGAACAUAGCUGUUGCAAGAAUUUUUGCCCUGCAGUAACUUGGCGGGUUUCAUCCUGGUCGUACUUCUGAAUUCUGAACAUACAGAUCCAUCCCGGGUAUUGGAUCCGGAGAUUCUUCUAUGGUCUAGUAAUUACUUUAUCAAGAAAAAAAAAAAAAAAUCUAGUCUCAACAAGUAUGUUCAUUUUCCGUUAUAUCGAGUCUGCAUUUAGUUUAAUAUCGAGUCUGCAGUUAGUUGAAUAUCGAGUCUUGAGUUGCAGUUGGUUGGAUAUCGAGUCUUGAGUCUGGAGUUAGUUGAAUAUCGAGUCUUGAGUCUGCAGUUAGUUGAGUAUCGAGUCGAACAGCAUGUGUUGGUUGGGUGUGGGUCCAUCCUUGUGGUUGCUUUAGGCAGUUGUAGGUGUGAUGCUAUGUUUCUGGGGAGCUUUGGCCAUGGCUGCAAGAUCUGUUUCUUCUGCCAUGACAACCUUUUGGUUGUUUUUUUUAACCAAACCCCCAUUUUUGCUGGCAUUCGUUGCUUAGUUAACUGCCCUAUUCAACCACUCUUUCUUAGCUUCUCUCUAUCAUUUUCUGUCCAAAAAACUGCAGAUGUAAUAAAACUAGUUAUUAUUAUGGUUGUUGUUUGUUCAUCUAGUUUUAAUUAUGAGUAAAUCAAGUUUAUUAUA